CUGAAUCCUUCAUCAACUUUAGGCCAAUCUGGGCCAACUAUUCUUCAAGAUGGCGUUCAAGGCAGAAAGCUCCAUCUUGAGGUACCAGUUGAUUCAGCCUAUGUAGCUGACGAUCUUUGUGUUCGUAUGGACGCCAAUCGAAUCUGCAUAACUGGAAAAACGAAGGCGUCUACUAGCGGUGGAAAUUCGGACAUCUCUGAGGCUUCGGGCAACGUCGCUCUUUUCGGCGACACUGCUUCCUCAUCAUCUUCUGCAAUGAUGAUAGAAUUCUCGCGUUCAUUUGAGAUCCCUGAGACUGUGGACCCUUUCUCGGUCACUGCGCAACUGAUUGGACACACUCUUGUUAUUGAAGCACCAUUAAGGUGCACGGUCUAA